AUGGACGUCACCGCAACGCUGCCGCCGGAGCUCGUCGCCGUUCUUUCAGACCACAAGCCGACGCUAGGGGAAACGACGAAGCUAUUCGAAGGCGCGCGACGCGCUGAUCGCGCGCGUGCUGCUGGCGUGUCUCCGUUCGAGGCGGUCUUCCAGGACUCGCUGAAGCUCAAGAACAAGCUCGACGAGCUGGAGAGAUACGACCCUAAGACACCAGACCUAGCCCUCCAGUCCCUCCUCGCCGCGGUCCUCAACUGCGAGUAUCAGCUCUACGUGCUCAAUGCCGCCACGCCGCUGCGGCACAACCCUUUCCUCUCGCACUGGGUCGAGGUUGUCACGGGAUGGAAGGAGCCGGCGCAACCGGCAGUGCCGCCGGGCGGUGACUGGAAGGACUACAGCAUACGCUUCUCGCGCUGGAUCCAGGUCUUCAAAACACGCGUCGAGCUCGUCAAGGCUAUACUGAAGCAGGAUGAUGUGGAGCGGCUGAGACAGCACACUCCUGCGUCGCUGCUUGUGCAUUUCCGCUCAUCGCCUGUGCGCGAUUUCUGCAUUGAGCCGUACAUUCAUGUGCUUGAGGAAGAGGGCAUUUACGAGAAGGCUCCGCUGCCGCAAUCUUCGAACAGCGCGGCAUUGCCAGCAGCCAAAGAGCCAGCGCCAGCAUCAGAAUCUGGACCGGAUGCUCCUUGUUCUCCCAGCACAAGCGCGUCACCGUACGACUCCCUACUCCAGCGCCUCCAUACCUCCCCCGCAGACGCGCUGCACACUCUAACCCGGCUCCCCAUCACCCUCGAGUCCCUCGAACUCCUCAACACGGUCCUCACCUCCGAGGACACAUGUAGAGAACUCGGCACCGAACCCGCCAACCUCGUCCGCGAGUACCUCCAGCGCAGCCUCCGCCGCGUCGAGCGCGCCGACAACGCGCGACAGCAGCCUCUCACCGUCCCAGGCUAUCCUUCCCUGCCAUCUGGAUCUACAUCCGCAGCCGACGACGAAGAGAACGGGUUAGACGAGCUCCUGGACCGCGAAGCGCAGAUCCGGGCUAUGAAGCUGCUGGUGCUGUUCAUCAGGAACCUGAUCCGGAAGGGCGUGGUUGGUCCGGCGGAGAUUUUCUUUGAGAUCAGGGAGAUUUGUGUGAGGUAUAUUUGGAUUAGGGAGGUUAGGGAGUUCAGGGCGUGGGUAGAGGAGGGGAGGGACGCUGGGAGUGAGAAGUAG